CAUCUAUCCUAUCCUUGUACAAGCCAUGGCCAUCAAGAACACCAUGCAGCUCCUACCGGCUUUCCUCUUCGCCCUCGUGCUGAUGGCAUCGGCAGCGGCAACGGAGACGAUCCACCUCAAGUUCUACAUGCAUGACAUCGUCACCGGCGGGCCGUCGAGCCCAGCAACAGCGGUGCAAGUCAUCAAAGGCGUGGUGCCGCUGGCCAACGACCCCACCACCCACUUCGGCGACAUGUACGUCAUCGAUGACCUACUGACGGAAGGGCCAGACCCGGCGUCCCCCGCCAUCGGCAGGGCACAGGGGUUCUUCCAAUUCGCAUCGAUGACAGAGUACGCGCUGCUGCUCACCGCCAAUUUCGUGUUCACGGCAGGGAGUCAAAACGGCAGCUCCGUGGCCAUACUCUCCAGGGACGUCAUCUUUGACAGUGUCAGGGAGCUGCCAAUCGUGGGCGGCACCGGCGACCUCCGUGGUGCGACCGGGUACGGUCUGCUCCGGACACACUCCGCCAACAGCACCACCAGGAACGCGGUGCUCAAGAUUGAUAUGUACCUGCGCGUGUAGGUGCAGACUUACUUUCAUGCAUAUGAUGGGUGCUUGCAUAAAAGGAGCAUCGACGAUUUGUGUUUGUGUUUUACGGUCCUGGAUGUCUUCAGCAUGUCAGUGCGUCCGAUGUGUUUGUUU